GGGCAGGGGAUGGGGGGCUGGGCUGGUCCUGUCCCCCAGUUGUUUCUGUCUGGGAGGGGCUGGGGGCCAGGAAGUCAAUGAGAACCCCCGGCUGCGGGGUCCGCUGGGUGCUCCCAGGGAGCCCAACGGUCUCAGACCAGUUCCCAUACUGAGCAACUAUUCAACAUUUAUCCGGGGAUUUCAGAAACAAAACUGGCACAGAAUCGCCACAGAAACGGGUCAGCUCAGCGAACAACACAGAUCUCCCCGUGUUUCACCAACUCAGGCCAAACCCUCGUGGCACUGUGCCCGUUCCAGGUUUAAGCCGCUUUAUUUGUGCUCAGCCAUGCAAACCUCCACUAGCCUGAAACUGGUUUUUGGGUGAGAAAGCCCCGCUUUGUGUCCUUUUAGUCCGCAACCGCUGCACAUCGCUGCUCGUCACCCGGUGACCUCGUGGACCAGCGGGACGGAACGUUCCUGGCCCGGCCGGCCCGGCCGGUUCAUCGCAGCACAGAGCUGGCGGAACGUCCUGCAGGUUAAUAGGCACUGGGCGCGCUGCGGGGCCGCGCGCGGAGGUGGCCGGUGCCUGUGGCCACCGCUGGCCCUGGCAGCCCCGGGCUGGGGUGUGUGGGGUUGGCACCCGCUGCCAGGUGUUCCCACCUCCCCAAAGUGCGGCUUAUUUUCCAACUCUUGAAGCGACAAGUGAGGUUUGCUGAGCGGUGUCUCAGAGCCGAGGUUUCUGGUUACCCCCUGCUCCUGAGCCUCUGCCAAGGGCUGUUUCCCAGCCGCGUCUGCACAGCGCUCGGCUCCGCGGAGCGUUCUGCGAAUGCCAAGCGCGGGUGCUCAAUGAGCUGUGCUUAGGUCUGGCGCUGGGAACACGGGUGCUUCGGGAGCCACGAGCGGCGCGGGGGCGGUGGCCGUGCUGAGUGCAGCGGGGACACGAUGGAGAGGCGGCUGGAGACCUGGGCACAGAAAGGACCUUCUGAAAGGAGCUGGGGUCUGUCUCCGCAUCCAGAGCGCUGUGGGCAGCCGGCCUCACCGAGGUGACGGCUCUGGCCCAGCCGGGAGCGCCCGUGGGCUGCACUGUGUGUCAGGCACCACAUCUGCUUUGUGCCGUGAGAGGUGACAGGGAGAAAGGGAGACAUUUCAGUGGAGAAAUGGAGGAAAGAAGUGAUCAAAGGAGCGAGAUAAAAAAUAGUGGCAGGGACAGACUUCUGUGUGGGAUUAUUUAAUAAUUAGGUAAUUAAUGCUUUAUACCUCACUGACUUCUUUCAUGUAAGGAUCACAAAGCGCUUCACAAACAUUAAUUAAUCUUCGCUAACACCCCUGCAGGGAAGGUCACGGAGCCACUGAGAGCGCUGGAAAUGCUGUCACUGAUGAAGUGGCUGCUCUCGAGGCAGGACGGGAGCCGGGCGCCAUGGCGGGACGUGGGGCGUUUCUGUUCCUCGUUGAUGGCCACAAACAAUUUCCCGUAACUUCCUCGGAGAGGAAAAAUGUCUUUGGGUUGUCCCGGGCAGCUGGGACUGGGGGGAGAUGGCGCUGGACUCAGUGACCCUGGUGGGUCCCUCCCAGAUCAGGGCGCUCUGCGAUUCUGUGUUGGAGCGUCCCGGUGGGGUCGUUGUUCAGCGUCGCAAGUGUCCUUGUUGUCCUUGUUCCCAGGCGCUGCCAGAGGUGCCAGCAUGGCUGAGCAAGACCCGGCCUCGGGCCACGCGCGUGGAAAGAGGCACCUGCCAGCUUUCACCUGGGAGGUGAGGGCCAACGACCGCAACUACCACGCGCAGUUCAGGAGGAAAUCUGCCUUCUGUCUGAGCAAGAGGAAGUACGCGGGCAACGCCAUCAGGACGGCCAAGUACAACGUCCUCACCUUCCUGCCGCUGAACCUCUACGAGCAGUUCCACCGAAUGGCCAACGUCUACUUCGUCUUUGUCAUCCUCCUGCAGGCCUUCCCGGAGAUCUCCACGCUGCCCUGGUACACGCUGCUGUUCCCCCUGAGCUGCCUCCUUGCCAUCCGCGCUCUGCGAGACCUGAUCGAUGACAUUGGCCGUCACCAAAGCGACAGGAACAUCAACAGCAGGCCAUGUGAAAUCCUGUCUGGGCAGAGCUUCCGCUGGCAGAAAUGGCGCGACAUCUGCGUGGGCGACAUCGUCCGUCUGCGUAAGGAGAGCGUGGUCCCGGCCGACAUGCUCUUGCUGUGCAGCUCGGAGCCCAGCAGCCUGUGCUACGUGGAGACCGCUGACAUUGACGGGGAAACAAACCUGAAGUUCAGACGAGCCCUCCUGGUCACGCACCGCGAGCUGGCGAGCGAGGAGAGCAUGGCCGCCUUCGACGGGAGGGUGACCUGCGAGGAGCCCAACAGCCGCAUGCACAGCUUCACGGGCACGCUGCGCUGGCGGGGAGAGACGCAUGCGCUGGACAGCGAACAGCUCCUGCUGCGCGGCUGCAAGCUGCGCAACACCGACGUCUGCUAUGGCCUGGUUAUCUACGCAGGAUUUGAUUCCAAAAUUAUGAGGAACUGUGGAAAGAUCAAGCGGAAGAAAACCAAGCUGGACCGCAUGAUGGACCGGCUGGUGAUCACCAUCUUCCUGGUGCUGUUGGCCACGUCGCUGUGCCUCGCCGUUGCCUCUGGGUUCUGGGCCAAGACGUUCCAGGAGAAGCACAGCUACCUCUCUGCAUUCUACAAGCACACGACUCCUGCCCAGCAGGCCUUCUUCAGCUUCUGGGGCUUCACAAUCCUCCUGAGCAUCAUCAUUCCCAUGUCCAUGUAUAUAACGUUUGAAUUCAUCUAUCUGGUGAACAGCUUUUUUAUCAACUGGGACCUGGAAAUGUAUUACGCUGCCAAGGACAUCCCAGCAAAAGCCAGGAGCACCAGCCUCAACGAUCAGCUCGGCCAGAUUGAAUAUAUCUUCUCAGACAAGACGGGCACCUUGACACAAAACGUGAUGAGCUUCAAGAAAUGCUGCAUCAAUGGGACAAUCUAUGCAGGUGCAGGCAGAGGCUGUGGGAACAAGCAGCCAUCGGGGUCGGCGCUGACCUGGAGCCACCACGGGCAGCAGAAGAUGGACUUUUGUGACACAAGACUGCUGGAAGCCGCGCGGCGGGACAGCGACCCCGUGCUGAGGGAGUUCCUGCGGCUGCUGGCCCUCUGCCACACCGUCAUGGUGGAGGAGAAGGGUGACCAGCUGGUUUAUCAAGCAGCUUCACCAGAUGAAGAAGCUCUGGUGUUGGCAGCCAGGAACUUGGGGUACAUCUUUCUGUCCCGAACACAAGACACCAUCACCAUCAGCGAGCUGGGGAUGAAGAGGACGUACAAAGUGCUGGCCAUGCUGGACUUCAACAGUGAUCGCAAGAGGAUGUCUGUCCUGGUGCGAGACCCCCAGGGCACGAUCCGGCUCUACACCAAGGGAGCUGACACGGUCAUCCUGGAGAGACUGCAGAGGCGAGGGCCCAGCGAGACCUUCACCGAAAUGGCACUGGAUCGCUUUGCAGAGGAGACACUGAGGACUUUGUGCCUGGCCAGCAAGGAGGUGAGCGAGGCCGAAUAUGGCGUGUGGAGCAGGAGGCACCACGAGGCCAGCGUCCUCCUGCAGGACCGCGCACGGGAGCUGGACAGGCUGUACGACGAGAUGGAGCAGAACCUGCAGCUGCUUGGGGCCACAGCCAUUGAGGACAAGUUGCAAGAUGGAGUCCCCGAGACCAUCCAGCUGCUGAAACUGAGCAACAUCAAAGUGUGGGUGCUGACCGGAGACAAACAAGAGACCGCCAUGAACAUCGGCUAUGCCUGCAAGCUGCUCACGGACGACAUGGAGGUCCUGGAGGAGAAGAAGAUCAGCGAGAUCCUCGGGGCUCUCUGGGUCAGCACCAGCAGCCUCGCCGGCAGUGGGGAACCCCUGUGCCGCAGCCGCCGCUCCCAGCAGCGCCCGGAGGCUUCACAGCACAAGAAGAGGGCGCUUGUCAUCAGCGGGGACUUCCUGGACAAACUCCUGCACACGGGAGAGGUGCUGAAGGAGAAGGGGCGGCUGUGGCGGCGGCUGCCGUGCUGCGGAGCCGCGGGCUCUCGGGAGGAGGCCGGUCUGGUGGAGAAGGCCUUUGUGGACCUGGCCGCCAGCUGCCAGGCGGUGAUCUGCUGCAGGGUGACCCCCAGGCAGAAAGCCCUCAUCGUGCAGCUGGUGAAGAAGCACAAGAAAGCCACCACGCUGGCCAUUGGGGAUGGGGCCAAUGAUGUCAACAUGAUCAAAACUGCUGACAUCGGGGUGGGCAUCAGCGGGCUGGAGGGGAUGCAAGCCGUGCAGUGCAGCGACUACGCCCUGGCCCAGUUCUCCUACCUCCAGCGCCUCCUGCUCAUCCACGGCCGCUGGGCCUAUCUCCGCAUCUGCAAGUUCCUGCGCUGCUUCUUCUACAAGACCUUUGCUGGCCUCAUGACCCAGGUCUGGUUUGCUUUCCACAGCGGAUUCACGGCUCAGCCUCUGUACGAGGGCUGGUUCCUUGCGCUCUACAACAUCUUCUACACUGCCUAUCCCAUCCUGUCCCUGGGCCUCCUGGAGCAGGACGUGAGUGCCAAGAAGAGCCUGGAGUUCCCCGAGCUCUACGUGAUCGGGCAGCAAGACGAGCUCUUCAACUACCGCGUUUUCAGCAUCACCGUCCUGCACGGGCUCAGUACCUCACUCGUCAGCUUCUACAUCGCACUCUGGGCCUUCGAGGACCGUGUCGGCAGCCGGGCUGUCGGUGACUACGAGUCCUUUGCCGUCACGGUGGCCACGUCGGCCUUGCUGUCAGUCCUCAUGGAGAUCAUCCUGGACACCAAGUUCUGGACAUUGUUGUCCUUUCUGAUGGUCGCAACAAGCCUGCUGCUCUUCUGCCUCUUCUCCUUCCUGACCCAAAGCAUCGAUGCCUUCAGGAUAGCCCCUGCCAUCUUCCGCUUCCCAGACGCCAGCCGGAAUGCCCUGACCGAUCCCUAUGUUCUGCUUGUGGUCCUGCUGUCCCUGGUGGUCAACACCAUCCCCUCACUCACCAUUCGCUUGUACUGCACCAUCACAGGCAAAAACACCACCCAGCAGAAGAUCUGCUUGAAGGCGAAGCGGGAGCCGGAGCCCUUGGUGGAGCUGCGUGCUCACGUCCUUCGCGGCUCCUUCCACCACCGCUCCAGCUACGCCUUCUCGCACCAGGAGGGCUACGCCAGCCUCAUCACCCGUGGGGACAGCCUGCGUUCCAGGGGCACCCGCAGCACCGUCCAGCACCCAGACACGGCCCCGGCUUUGUCCCCCAGUCCCUUGUCCCCCAUGCCCAGCCCCUCGGCGUAGCUGCCCUGGCCACCAUCAGCCCCCACAGUGCUGGGACAGGAGAGGUGCUGUUAAGGCACAGAACUGGCUGGUUUCUCCUUUGAUGGGUAUUGUUUUAAUCUUCUUUGGAUAGUGUUGGAGCGUGGGCAGCCCGCGUGGCUGCAGAGGGGCUGAGCCGGCCCGGGGGCACUGAGCCGGGACAUGUCCCACCAGCAGCUCCAUCUCCAUCACACGGUGCGUGCGUGGGCUUGGCAGGAGCCUGUCGAGCUGUGAAAGCCACCAGGCUCUGCCCCUCGCCCAUGGCACCCCCCGGGCACCCCGACCCCUCCCCUCUGCCAAGCCCCUCCGAGCCGGGGCUGCCUCCGGCCCCACGUGCCUCCUGCAGGUUUUGCUUCUCCAGCCUCUCCUCGUCUCUCCCGGCUGCCUCCCCCUCCUCGUGUCCGCCACCCCCGCUCGAGGUGCACACGGCGAUGGUGUCUGCCACGUGCCGUUCCCCGUCCCCACAGCAGCCGUGGCCCAGGACCGAUGUUCCCGGCUUUGGGGACAGCUGUGACCACAGGCUGUUUGCUGCAAAGCCCUGGGAAGUGCUUUUCAAUGGGAGGGCAGAGCACUGGGAGGACAUGUAGCAGCCCUGUCCUGCAGAGCUUUGGAACAUCAGCAGCAGCUGCUGGAGAAGUUGCGUGUGAACAACUGGCUGGUGAACAGAUCACCCUUUUUAUUAAUUUCAUAUUUUAAUUAAAAGGAUUUUAGCAUUUC